AUGAUUCAUACAGGAGAACGUCCUUACAAAUGUGAAACCUGUAAUAAAGCAUUUAUAACAAAUAGUUGUUUAGGUCAGCAUAAAAAAUUUCAUGCAAGAGAACGUCACUACAAAUGUGAAAUAUGUAAUAAAGCAUUUAUAACUAAUGGUAAUUUAAGUCAACAUAAAAAGAUUCACACAGAAGAACGUCAUUACAAAUGUGAAAUAUGCACUAAAGCAUUUAUAACAAAUAGUAAUUUAAGCCAACAUAAAAAGAUUCAUACGGAAGAACGUCCUUACAAAUGUGAAAUAUGUAAUAAAGCAUUCAUAGCAAAACAACCAUUAAACCAACAUUUAAUUAAUCAUACUGGAGAAAAACCACAUAAAUGCAAGAUAUGCAAUAAAGCAUUCAGAUUAAAACACAAUUUAAAGCGACAUGAAUUUGUCCAUACUAAAGAAAGUAAUCAUGAAUGUGCAGUAUGUAAAAAAACAUUCGCAACUAAACAUAGUGUAAGUCAGCAUGAAAUGAUCCACACUGGAGAACAUCCUCAAAAGUGUGCAUUAUGCAAUAAAUCAUUCACAAGAAAAGAAACAUUAAUACAACAUUUAAUGAUUCAUACUGGAGAACGACCACAUAAAUGCUUAAUAUGCAGUAAAGCAUUUACAAGACAAAGCCAAUUAAAACAACAUUAUUUUGUCCAUACUAAAGAAAGUAAUCAUGAAUGUGCAGUAUGUAAAAAAACUUUCGCAACUAAACAAAGUUUAAAUCAGCAUAAAAUCCGACAUCUAAUGAUUCAUACUGGAGAACGACUGCAUAAAUGCAAGAUAUGCAAUUAUGCAUUCAGAUUAAAAGAACAUUUGAAACAACAUGAAUUUGUACACACAAGAGAAAGCAAUCAUUAA